AAGUAGCAGUAGUCCCCCCUCACUUAACCCGUUCAAGGAAGAGAGAAAGUUUGCGGCCAUGGCUGAAUAUGGUAGUGUUGUGUAUUGGGUGUAACGAAGACAGUUAAAUGGACGUGUAAUUUUAAUCAUGCCUCGAAAGUUAUUGAAGUUUUUGAUCCUGUUCGACAAUACGUCUUUAUUAUAUUUCCCGGGACAGUUCCUAUCGGGCAGAGUCCUUAUCGAACUGCAGGAUGAUACACCCGCACUCGGUUUACAUUUCCACGUUGUUGGUGAGGGGGUAGUUCGUAUUCGCACCCCUCGACAGGAAAGGCUGUAUGAUAGGGAGAAUUAUAUAGAUUUUCGAAUGCGAUUACUUGGAGAACCUGGUCAAAAUGGAUCGGUGCUCUCUCCGGGCAUUCACAGUUUUCCGUUCAAGUUAGGACUUCCCCUAGGACUGCCGUCUACGUUUUUGGGCAAACACGGGUGGGUGCAAUAUUACUGCAAAGCGGCCCUGAAGGAGCCAAACGGGUUGACGCACAAAAAUCAACAGGUGUUUAUUGUAAUGAAUCCCAUAGACCUAAAUCUGGAGCCAUCCAUAUUGUCGCAACCGUUUCGAUGCGAAAUCGAACACAAGCUCGGUGUUAGCUGCGUUGGUUCUGGACCUGUAGUAUGUAGAGUUACUUUGGACAGAGGCGGAUACGUCCCCGGUGAAAGCAUAGGUAUUUCGGCGAGUGUUCAAAACAGAAGUAACGUAACGGUAAAAAGUACUCGAGCGGCUCUUACAGAAACUAUUCAGUAUAUGGCGAGAGGAAAAGUAGUACAAUCGGAACGUCGAGAAUUAGCUUGUCUGACGAGAGGAAAAAUAAGACCCGGAGAGUCGGACGAAUGGACCAACGAACAACUGUACGUGCCACCUUUGCCGCCUACAAACUUGCGGGGAUGCCAUUUAAUCAAAAUCCAAUAUGAUGUUUAUUUUAUUAUCGAACCGAAAAGCUUGGAUAAGGAGGUAAAGCUUCAGUUACCCAUCAUGUUGGCAACAUAUCCUUUAAGAACAGAAGAGAAUGGGGCGUCCUACAAAUCUGGCACACACUAUCCCUCGACUCUUCCAAUCUUUCGACCUUGGCUAGAGGAUAAACCAGUUUUGGACUGAUUCAUAGUGCCAUCAUCAACUUUACUAUAGUUUAAAUUAAUAAUAAUUUAUUUUCAAUAAUAUUAAUAAUAUUUAAUUUGAUUAAAAGCGAAGCUUUAAUUUUACAUUAACUUAUAUUUAUCAAUUUGUUAUAUAAAUAUACCUCCCUAUGUAAUAUUUUUAAAAAUUUGUGUGCUGCGACAAUUGUGCCAAAUUAUUGUACUAACCCCAUAAUUGCAAAAAACUACUAAAUAAUAUUUUUAUAAUUC